CACAGGGACAAUGCCACCUCUGAUGACCAGCACCAGCCUGGAAUUAAACACAGCCUCCUUCAAGCAGAGAAAAAGACUAGACAGUCGAAUUCAUGAAGUUAAUAGAGUGAAGAGCAGAUACCCCUGCAAGUUACCGGUUAUAGUAGAGAGAAGUCAUCGGGAAAAACUGCUACCUCCACUUCAGAAGAUUAAAUUUCUUGUACCUCCAGAAGUCACAAUGGGGCAAUUUGUCAGUAUGAUAAGGUGCAGACUCUCCUUGCCUCCAUCGCAUUCACUCUGCAUAAUUGUCAAUGGACGCCAAAUGGCAAGUUUAUCAAUGACCAUGCUGGAAGUUUACGCAGAACAUCGGGACCAGGAUGGCUUUCUAUAUGUGACUUAUAGGUCACAUGAAGUAUUUGGCUGAAGACCUCUUCAAGCACUCAUUGAGCAGUACACUGUAAAAGUUGUGAUCACUCACCGUUCUGGCUGAGAAGAUCUGCAUGAUCUCACUACCUCUGUAAGGACAGUGACAAGGAGCAGUGGUAUUUAAAGGAAAGGUAUAACAAUCCUUAGAGACGUUAGUAGUCAGAUACUACAUACAUUUGCAAUGAAGAUGCAUGUUUCACUAGUGACUAUCAAUAAGUGCUUACUGCUAUAGGAAGCAAGAUGAGAUUUAUCAACAAUAUGUGCAAUAUUGUAAUACUGGACAACCUGACGAUGCUCCUGGCUGGAUAUCAUUGUAGGAAGGUGUGAACUACACGGACCACCGUAGUAGUCAUUUACACAAAAGAGAACGGCUGCAGUGACCUCUUUACAUGAAACUAGAAACAGUGCGAACUGUCCUCCCACAGUUUGGACAUUCAAUGUAAGGGUCCAUUCACACGUCCGCAAUUUCGUUCUGCAUUUUG